UUUGACUUGUAUUUCCUUAUUCAUUAACAAUCACAGAUCCCUCUCUUCUUCCUAAGUACCUAGAAAUGACUUUACCUGCUUUCUAGCUAUCUAGAUGCCACUCUGCGGCAGCGUAUUUCUUCUGUUGCACAGUAGUUAACAUCGGAAAUAAACUAUAAUAUCAGAGUGCUCUAGCUUGGGGGGGGAAACAUUUAUAGACUGAGGGUGGUGGUAAGUCUUUGUUAACGUGCAGUAACACAAAUUAAGGUUUUACAAAACUCUUUUAUCAUUACAAAACCUUGCUUGAAGUACAGGAGCUAAUCAUGGGAAGAACAUGUACUGUAGUUAAAUUAUUAAAAUCACCCCCGGACCUAUGGUUGUUGAAUUAAGGUUAAUCACUGAGCAGAAGUGCCAGCUCCAUUCUCAUCGCUGCCUCUCAGCUGCUCUCUACCCCCUUAUGGGCAGGGCGUGUUGAAAGAGCACCGCUCUCACUGUAUGCAGACAAACCGACGGUUAACCAUUGUCCCCUGAGGCACCCCUGCCGUUUGUACUUAAACACCUGCGUCCUCUCAGCUGCCUCUGGAGCCGCAGCGGUUCAGAAGCAGACAGAGCCUCCAGCGUCCGCGAUGAGCUGGGUCCACUCUGUAGGCUGGUACCUCAAACCCAAACAAGUGGGGAAGAUCAAGAAGCGGGUGCAGGAGAUGAAAUACCAGUCGUCCCAGCUGUCACGGAUCGACUUGAGCCACAACGAAAGUGUUCGGCUAGCCACCGACGCGCUGCUGGACAGCGGACUGCAGGCUUACGAGGAGACGCUCACCGCCGAGGGGGAGGUCGACUUCCUGUCCCAGGCGGAGAAGGAGUACAUCUUAAGGAGCGCCAAGGAGCGCUCACCGGCCGACGAAAGCCAGGCUGAGGAAGGGGAAAACCUGGGGGAAACGGCUGCUCCUACAGAGACGUCUGUCACCUACUUCCCCACUCUCUCCGAGAGCGAAGCCCCUGCACUGGAUUAUGGCUGGCCGAUGGCAGAGAGCAGAUACUACCUGCAGGGGAAGCCCAGCGUGGAAGUUUAUUUUCAGACGGACAGAUCAAGGAGUAUAAAAGACCUCGUUCGCGAGUAUAUCAGCAAAGCCACUACGGUGCUGGCAAUUGUGAUGGACAUAUUCAGUGACGUGGAGGUGUUUUGUGACAUUCUGGAAGCGACCAAAAAGCGCAAUGUCUCCGUCUACCUGCUACUUGACCACAUGAACCUGCAUGUCUUUACUGAAAUGUGUGAGAAACUGCAGAUCAACAGUUCCUACCUCACAAGAAUGUCUGUUCGUAGUGUGACCGGGGAUGUAUAUUGUACCAAGUCUGGAAGAAAGUUCUCCGGUCAAAUAAAGGAAAAGUUUGUCAUUUUUGACUGCAUUCAUGCUCUUGCUGGGUCAUACAGCUUCACGUGGCUGUCGGCGCAAGUUGACAAGAACAUGGCGGUGCUGUUCAAAGGCAGCAGCGUGAAGCACUUCGACCUGGAGUUCCGGCAGCUCUACGCCGUCUCCAAGCCGGUCGGCGACUUCCCCGCGGCGGGCACACAGCUGCCCCCGGCCGAGGACGGCAGCAUCGGCCAUCAGUCCGACCCCCGCAGCGUGCUCUGCGGCUACAGCGUCCCUCCGCCACGUAGAGCGACGCGGAGGUAUUCCGACGGGACGCCUCCGGUCACACUCGCUCACAGAUUAAAAACCAACGCGCACAACCACACAGCUACGCCCAGGGAACACUGGAAGCCCCAAAUACCCGACUUCAGGCUCCAGAAUGCCCGACAGAGGUCCUUCUCCAGCGACUACACAGUGGGGGAUACAGCACAGCCGCCACUCAACAACGUUUUUGGGAUGAUCCCAGGCCGACCCGACAUCCAGGUUCCGAGACUGGUCUCACGUUUUCACUUCCUGAAUAAACCAGACCUCAUACCACUUUAGUUACGCUCCCAUUAUAGAGCUUUGCGAAGCACUUCAGGCACAGAAAAAAAAAGUCAGUCCUCAGUCCUUGACUGAGCUGAUAAUUAAAAGAACUGAACAACGAAUUCAUCAUUUCAAACGGACAAUAUGUUGGCAAAUAAAUGGCAUUUUUCCAGCACGCAGAGGAGACUUACAGUUUGUAACCUGUUACAUUAAUUCAAUAAACCCUGAGCUCUCCAGCAAUAUAGGUUAAGAAAACUCGCUCGCAAAGAAAACCUGACCAAGAGACUCUCCCAUCCAGAAAAUAAUAUGAAAACAUACCAAAAAAUAAAACUACAACAGACACCAAAUAGGUACUAAAAUAAACAAUGGCAAUAGCAUUUAGUGCAUUCAGUUGUUAUCACUGGUAUAAUGGUACCUAAAUCUGACAGUAUCAAGUCAUUAUCGUUUCUGCAGGUAAAUCAUGGUAGUUUAGUUAUUUUCCUUUUUGGCAAAAGAUUAUUAAAAGUGUCACAGUUCAGAUAGUGGACUGGUUCUGUUGUCUGGUGGCUUUGGCAAAAGAUUAUUAAAAGUGUCACAGUUCAGAUAGUGGACUGGUUCUGUUGUCUGGUGGCUUAGCACUAGAAUGUAUCUAUAGAAAUAUGUAAUAGGUU